AUGGACGGACAGGAGAACUACGAGUCAUCGGAUGGCGAACAGGCAAUCGACCUAACCGAAACACUCGCAAACAUCAGCAAGAACCAACAGCAGCAGCAUCAAGCACUCGGACUAUCUGACGACGACGAGGAUGAGUUCAUCAGGCUAUCAUCAAAGAAGGCCAACUUCAAAGCAGGCUCAAAAGUACUAAGAGCCACAACCAACAACAACAAGAAGAAGAACCCAGCCACCCUCACCGGCGGGGGAUCCUUCCAAUCACUCGGCCUACAUCCAUCACUACUCAGAGCCAUCCUCUUGCGCGGCUUCAACAGCCCCACACCCAUCCAACGCGCCGCCCUACCACACAUCCUCGCCAGUCCACCACGAGAUGUAGUCGGAAUGGCAAGGACCGGAUCUGGGAAAACACUGGCCUACCUCAUCCCACUCAUUCAAACCUUGUCAGGUGUCCAUUCAGUCCAGUUCGGUAUCAGAGCACUCAUCCUCGUACCCACCCGUGAACUGGCCCUACAGGUCUUGAAGGUCGGAAAAGAUCUCGCCAAAGGAUUCAUCCAAGGCGAUCGCUCUAAGCCUUCCACAUCUCAAGACUCAGAAACGAAUCACAAGGCUGAAGGCCUCAGGUGGGGUCUGAUCGUCGGGGGUGACUCACUCGAAGAUCAGUUCACAAUGUUCUCUACUAACCCGGAUGUAAUCAUCGCAACUCCAGGGCGUCUACUUCAUCUGGUAGUCGAAAUGAACCUCGACCUAAAAUCAGUGGCAUUUGUUGUCUUCGAUGAAGCCGACCGAUUAUUCGAGAUGGGUUUCGCGACUCAACUUGAAGAAACCUUACAUCGACUGCCAGCCAACAGACAAACCUUACUAUUCUCAGCCACCUUACCCAAGAGUUUGGUCGAAUUCGCUAAGGCUGGAUUACAGAAUCCAAAAUUGAUCCGAUUGGACAGUGAAUCAAAGAUCAGCUCGGACCUUCAGAUGGCAUUCUUGAGCGUCAAGCCGAUCGAAAAGGAGGCUGCACUAUUGGUCUUGAUCUCUAACAUCGUCGGUGUACCCAAGGCCGACACAACAGAACAACCAAAUGAGUCUUUCAACCACCAAUCUCAACCGAAUUUCUCGCGUGGAUCUGGGGCGAACCUAUCAAAAAUUCGACGCAAGCCAACUCGGGAGCUUGCAGCCCAUCAAACGAUCGUCUUCACUGCCACCAAGCACCAUGUCGAGUAUCUUGGUGGACUUUUGGUUGCAGCUGGCUAUCGGGUCUCAUUGAUCUAUGGAGCACUAGACCAGACUGCCCGUCGGGAACAACUGGACUCCUUCCGAUUAGGCCAGACCAACAUCCUCGUCGUCACCGAUCUGGCGGCCCGAGGGAUCGAUAUUCCGAUCCUCGAGAACGUCAUCAACUACGAUUUCCCGAGUUCUGCCCGUGCGUUCGUUCACCGAGUUGGACGAACUGCUCGGGCCGGUAGGAAGGGCUGGGCUUACUCACUGAUCACCCAAUCAGAACUACCCUUCCUGAUGGACCUGCAACUCUUCCUGUCAAGGCCUCUGCUCGCCUGUCCCCUACCAGCCAACGAGGAUCCGAGUCAGACGGACUUCUCCUCAAGCUUAGUCAUCGGAACGAUUCCUCGAGAGCUGCUCGACGCCGAGACCGAAUACGUCCGUGAAACACUCGUCUCCCCCAAUUCAGCCUUGAUCGCCCUCGCCACCGUGGUCAAGCGGGCUCAGAAGAUGUAUGAGAAGAGCCAGAGUACCGCGAGUAAUGAGAGCCAUCGACGUGCCAAAGAGUUUGUGCUGAACGGCAAAGGGUUCAGUGGGGCCAAGAACGAAGAAGCCUCGAUCCAUCUCAUCUUCAAGGAUCGGAAACAAGAGCUCCCCUCAACCCAACGAGGUGUCAAGAGGACCAAGAAGGAUGAUCAGACGGUCAAAUUGAGAGACCAAUUACUGGCCAAAGUGAACCAGUUCACUCCCAACGAGACCGUCUUUGAGAUCGGCACCCGUGGCAAAGGCGUUGCGGCUCAGCUGAUGAGAGACCGACGGAAAUCGAUGGGAAAGAAGAUCGCUGGCUCUAAGGAGGCCGCUAAGCUCCGAGAAGACCAACUCCGUGCUGAACAGAUCAUCGAUCCUUCCCCAUCUCUCGCUAAACAAACUUGCCCGUCUGGUCCAUCCGAUAAGCAAGUGGCGCUUGUUGCUGCCACCGAAGGCGAACUUGAGGAAACAUUCGAGAUGCCGCGAAAAAAGCCAAAAGUCAAGGAAGGUUUCCGAGAUCCUGAGGCCUAUCUAACGUACGAACAGAGUGGGGCAGCGGAAGAGAAGGGAUACAACUUGAACGAAGGGACGUCAGCGGAGUUUGUGACCCAGAGCAAAGUAGCGCUAUUUGAUUUAGGGACGAACGACGAGGGAAAGCUUGCGUGUCUGUCGAAUGCACAGAAGGCGUCGCAAGUGAAGUGGGAUCGGAAGACGAAGAAGUUUGUGAAAGUGGGCCAGGUGGGCCAGGAUAAUGUGAAGCUGGUCAAGACCGAGAGCGGGGUCAAGUUGCCGGCCUCAUUCAAGACGGGUUCCUUCGACAACUGGAAGAAGGCCCAGAAGAUCCGGAUCCCUAAUGUGGGCGAACAGGAGCUCCAAAACACCCAUCCGUUCAACCAUCUCCAUCGCAAGUUCCGUCACACUAGUGGAGCCCCCAGUGGUCCUCAUGAUCACCAGGACCGCUCGACUCAUUCGACUGGUGGUAGGAGAGACGGCAGGAUGGAACAGAAUAAGAGGGGUAAAAAGGUGUUCACUAAGACGAUCGAUGGGCAGAAGAAAUUCCUUGGUCCCUCUCAUGUCGUCACUCGAGGGCCCUCCUCGACUUCCAAAUCUAACUUCUCCGGUCAUGCUCGCCAUAACCAACACCAUAAAAAUAGCAGCAAUCAUCAUGUGUCUUCUUCUUUCAGCAACAAGAAAGGUAGUGCUAGUAGUAGUAGUAGGAAUAAUAAUGCUGGCUUGAAAUCGGUCGAUCAGAUUAGAAAGUCUCGGGAACUUAAAGAACGUAGAAAGAUUAGAUCUAACCAACCUUCUCGUCGUAAAAAAUAG